AUGCGAGCCUACUGCGCACGCAUGUCACACCAAGCGAUUGCGUGCGAAUAUGCCCGCAGAUCCUCAGUCAAUGACACGUUUCACAUUCGGCACGGUUCCAGUAUGCGUUUACUGCCGAAAUGCGUGAACAGUGAUCAGGUUGCUGAGGAUUUACUGGAGAUGUUCCAGUCCGAGGCACUCGCUGCUAUCUAUGCCAAAGACUUCGCUCUCGCUAGCGUUGGACGAGGAGACGAAAUCGAAUGUUUGGCUUUCACGAUCGCCAGCAACCAUAUCAUACGCAGCCCGAAUCUCUCAUAA